UCUCACCUCCACUCCUUCCACUCCCACUCUCUCCUUAACUCACUGCGAGGCAGCACGGAGCUCUCACACCGCGUGGAUUUUUUAAUUUUCAUUAUUUUGGGCUGUUUUAUCCCCCUAUUCUUUUUUUCCAAACCUGAGGAGGAGCAGAGGGAUCGGGGUCAGGAGGGGGGGGAGGGAGAGCCAUGGAAGAGCUUACGGCGUUCGUGUCCAAGUCGUUCGAAGCUAAGAGUAAAGAGAGCAGCAAGGAGGCCAUCACGUACCGGGAGGUUCUGGAGACGUCCGGCUUAGCUCGGCCGCGGGAGCUGGGCAGCCCCGCCGAGCAUGACUUCAGCGAGGGCGCCCAUUGCCCGCUGCACGCCUAUAAGGAGCAUGUGGAGCUGGACAAGGACAAGCUCAAGGACUUCCACGUCACGCGGCCCUCAGAAGGCAUUUACGAGUGCAGCAAAGACAAGAAAGAGGAAGUCAAGUCGGAGGACGAGGACGCGCAAGGCAAGCUGAAGCAGCGCAGAAGUCGCACCAACUUCACGCUGGAGCAACUCAACGAGCUGGAGCGUCUUUUCGACGAGACCCAUUAUCCGGACGCCUUCAUGCGGGAGGAGCUCAGUCAGCGCCUCGGGCUCUCCGAGGCCCGCGUCCAGGUUUGGUUUCAAAACAGAAGAGCAAAAUGUCGAAAACAGGAAAACCAGAUGCACAAAGACAUCUUUCCCUUCUCUCCAGGGGUCAUUUUGGGCAGCGGCAGUCAUCUGGACGCCUGCAGGGUGGCGCCCUACGUUAACAUGGGGGCCCUCAGGAUGCCCUUUCAACAGGUUCAAGCGCAGCUCCAGUUGGACGGCGUGGCCCACUCCCAUCCCCACCUGCACCCGCACCUGGCCGCCCACGCCCCCUACCUGAUGUUUCCGCCCCCUCCCUUCGGACUACCGAUCGCCUCGCUGGCCGACUCGGCCUCGGCGGCGGCGGCGGUCGCCGCGGCCGCCAAAAGCAACAGCAAGAACUCCAGCAUCGCCGACCUGCGACUCAAGGCAGGACUUCUGCGGGGCCAGUGGCUCAGUCCACUCCAGGCACAGAUCACAUCCCAGGGACCGUACAAACACAUGUGGAUGUCUGUCUGAGGGCCCGGCACACACUGAGGACUUUAGUGCCAAUUAGAGUGGCUGGCAGGCGACAGUUGAGGACCGUUGGGUUGGCGGGGGCGGCACAGGGGGCGCACCCCACCAGUCCUGACCUCCUCUCUGGCUUUAACACGUGUAUUUGCAACCACUG